AUCUCGCUCACUUCUCCAUUAUCCUUCUCUAUCCGACUCGUAUCGUUGCUUGUCAUCUUAUCUUCGUCCCUCUCGAAUGCGCGGAGGCAGACGCCAACGAAUUCACUUCACGCAACUUCAGUUUUACUCGGUCAGUUCCUACUGCCGGCCAGAAGAAUUCGUCAGUAUUCGCCGCGCUGCAUUGCCGGCAGCGUGAUAUUUGCGAAGGGAUAGCACCUCUCGAGGUGCUCGCGGUCAAAGUGGAUUACAUGGAGGAAACGAACAUGAUGGACUCGGUGCCGGUUUCUGCGUCAGGGUCAAAGACCGGGUUGCAACCACAGCAGGGGGUACCAUACGAUCUUGAGAGCGGGUUCGAGCCUCAGACCAGAGCACGGUCGCACACGUGGCCGCUGCCAAGUCCAGAGGAAUAUAUUGAGGGAAACAAGAAGCCGAACGUAUCGGUUCGAAAAGAGGGCGUCGAAGACGUCGAAAGUGGCACGCCGCCUCAACAUGGUUCUCUCGGCCAAGGUACCGGCCUGCUUCCGGUCAAGAAGAAUUCCUCCCGACGAAAUGCCUGGGGAAAUCACAGUUAUGCAGAUCUCAUUACUCAAGCCAUUACCAGUGCUCCAGAUGAACGGUUGACUUUGUCUCAAAUCUACGAAUGGAUGAUGCAGAAUAUUCCAUACUUCAGAAAAGGAGAAAGCAACAGUAGCGCCGGAUGGAAGAACUCUAUAAGGCACAACUUAUCGUUACACAGCAGAUUUAUGCGGGUGCAGAACGAAGGUACCGGGAAGAGUUCCUGGUGGAUGAUCAAUCGUGACGCGAAACCAGGGAAAUCGCGUAGAAGAGCAAUAACCAUGGAGACGAGCAAAUUUGAGAAACGACGUGGUAGGGUAAGGAAGAAGAUCGAGGCGCUAAAAAACGGUGGGUUACAAGCUGACACGACAACUAGCCCCAGUAACAGUGUGAAUGAGGGGCUGGAUCUCUUUCCAGACAGUCCCCUUCAGUCUGGCAGUGGAUUUCAACUUUCACCUGAUUUUCGUCCUCGAGCUUCGAGCAAUGCCUCAUCCUGUGGUCGAUUAAGUCCAAUCACGGCGAUUCCUAGGAAACCGGAAUGGACACCAACAUACACACUCUCAUAUAGUCCAGAACAAUUAGCUGGUAGCCUCGCAGAAACGAUGAAAUUGGAAUCCUAUCAAAUGUAUCAUACGACACAACCGAGCCACCAGCAUCACACAGGACCACCACCUUCUUAUUACGAAUCCCAAUAUCAGAGGAGCAAUAGUCUAUCGUCAGGAUCGUCCUCCUUCGCUCUGCAGCCAACUCCUCAAUCAGCUAAUCAACAAAGAUGCCCAAUUCACGGUUUGCAGCCGUGUGCCUGUCAAAUGAAUUUGAGUCCAGUGGCUGGAAUGUCGCCAUCAUACCAGCAAAGUGAACCAAGCCCCACAACGUUAGGAAGUAAUCAGCAGCAAACUCUUCAAUACAUGAUGCAGACGCAACAAUGUCAGCAACAACAACUACCGCAACGACAACAGCAAUCACAAACGGGAGUAACAGACUCCAGUUCAUCACAAACAUCUACACCAUGUGAUCCCACACCAAGCACUAUGAUGGGCCAAUUGAUGGGAGCCCUGAACAAUUCAACGCUCCUUGAUGAUUUAAAUAUUAACAUCGAAUCGCUGCACGGUGGAUUUGAUUGUAACGUAGAAGAGGUGAUCAAACACGAGUUGUCGAUGGAUGGUACGUUAGAUUUCAACUUCCAACAGAGUGUAAUGGGUACGGCUGCGAUCCAAGUAAGCGACAAUAACGUCGGUCAGAACGGCGCCGUUUCGCAGAACAACGUGAUAGGCACGACGACGACCGGAAACGCGACCGCAGGUGUUUACGUGAGCACCAACGCGGCCACUCCUGCCGCACCCCCCUCUUGGGUUCAUUAGCAGUGGGCCCCACUGCCCUCGACAUCCUCGUCGUCCUUGUUAUCGAUGGUACUAGACAGACAAGAAGACUUCCAGUUUGAGGGACAGUUCAUCGAAAUAGUGAACCACACCGAUUUCAACAAGUGUAAUACAUACAAUGUAUUCAAGUAAUCAACGUUGAUGCAACUUACGAGCAGUUGGUUUUGAUAUGAGAACACAAGUGGUCG